AUGUUCAAAUUUGUUGCCUUGUUUGCUUGUGUAUCCGUAGCUUUGGCUGCUCCUGGUUUGGUGACCGAACAUCAUACCGUUGUCCAAGAACCUGUGUUGGCUAAGGUUGGCGCCGUCGUGCACAGUGUUCCCUCAGCCACAUCGCAUCAAAGUUUCACUCGUGUCCAUAAUAAGGCUGUUGUAGCUCCUGUUGUUACACCAGUAGUUAAGACCACCGUCCAUGCCGCCCCAGCUGUUUCCGUUGUGAAAACUGUGGAGCCAGUUGUCCCUGUAGUUAAAACUGUUGCUGUUGCUCCUGUUGUCAAGACUGUUCCAGUUGUCCACUCUGUUCCUGUUGUCCACACUGCCCCCGUUACCCAUGUUGUUCAUCAUUAA